AUGGGUGAAGUAAAGACUCUGCUGGUAGUGAGUGAUCUCGAGCGUGCACGUCUCGCUCCUGCCUGGGAGGAGUUGUCCAACUCCGCUCCGCCGGAGGUGGUGGUUGCACACGUAGACUGCACCGUUUCCACUAAAGUCUGCGAGGAGCAGGAGAUUCGUGGAUAUCCCACUCUGAAGCUCUUUGUGGGUGGCAAGUUCCGCGAGCACUACGAGGGUGAGCGUGACCUUGCAGCUCUCAAGUCGUUUGUGGAGGAUGUUGCAGAGGAUGUCAAGGACGCUCUGACGGAGUCAUCGUAG